GCGUUUUCUGUCAAGUGCUUCAUUCUACCGUCUCUUCCUUGUCACCUUCGGUCGUUACAACACCCGACACUAACACAGCUCGGACCGUCAUUGCAUUGCAUUCUGCAGAACGCACCUACAAUCGAUCGUCUGUUCCUACUUUCUCCCAGGCAACCCAUGGAAUCUGCCCAUCAUCCAAGCAAGUGAAGCUCACCUGUGAAAGUGUCUACCCAAGGUACUUACUUGCCUUGGUAAUUAUCACCUCACAGUGAGCAACGAUUCCCACGGAUUUCUCUUCUCAUAAAAAGUUCAAUAUCAGAACAUCAUCCUUUGUUUCAAAUCGUUCGAUCACGUUGCCGGGAAUCUCGGCCAAGGGAUUGCCAAACAAGCUCUCCUCCUCACCUAACAUCUCAUCGAUGCUGGUGCCAGCAUCAUCAACAUAUCUCAUGCCAGCAUCUUGACACUUGUUAUAUCUUACGGUGACUUGACUAACCUUGAAUUGCAUUCUCCGUUAGCCCUUGUUUUUCUCGUCUUCCGCCGACCUUGCUACCUCUAGAUAUCCUCACAGGCCUGCCUGCUUGGCUUUUAAACUCGCUCCCUUCUUGACAUCUCACAACUAGUUCUUGUCAAAAAUACUACUCCCUUCCGACAUCGACUAAGAUCAGCCACUUGAAGUGAAACAAGUAAUCGCAAGUCAACAUGGUGCUCCUCACUCAGCUGCCCUCGGAGAUCAUCAACAACAUCUUUGGCUACGUGGCGCCCGACGAUUUACCCAGUAUCCGAAGCAUCUGUCGACGGUUAACAGAACAUGUCAAAGGAAAUGCAGUUCUACAUCGGGACAUCUAUUAUCGAUAUCUGGACGAACCACCAGAGGAUGUGGACUGGGAGCAGAGCCUCAAUGAUCUGGCCAAGUUGCGCAGACUGUGUGGACGGGAGUAUGAGAACUUUGAAGUCUCAUGUCCCAACUUACACAUGCCCAAAAUGACCUUUGUCUACCACGCCGUCACCAACCUUCUCAAAGCCAUCCCCCCAUCCUCUUCCCUAUCAAUCCGCAACGAGCAGCUCAACACCCAACAACAAAUCUCCUCCUCCUACUCCCCCUCGCGAAACGCCGCCAUCCUCUCCAACCUCUUCUCCAAAGAAUCCGUCCGCAACGCCUUCCUCCAGGGCUCCCAGCUCUACGAGCGCGCCCACUGCUUCGACUACCUCCCCAUCCCCAUGCGCACCAUCAUCGACCUCGAGCGCUCGCGCUACGUCCGCAUCCCCAUCUACAUCGAAUACCAACAACAAUCCGCCAAGAUGCACUGCCACUUUGGCGUCGGCGUGCAAGCCCCCGCCACUUUAACGCUGCCCAACAACCCUGCGCUCUCGUCCUCGUUGAACAUGAACCCGUACCCUCCUCCUACGCCAGGCACCAACGCGCACGCCACCCCGCCCAGCCCGCCGCUGCCUACCCGCGACGGUCAACUGCGGUCAGCCUUCUUCGGACGCACCUCGCUUGUGCCUAGACUGUAUCCCUACGCCGUGUCGAAGGUGUAUGAUCUGCGUGAGUACACGACGCGAAGCAAGUGGGGACCGUUCCGCGCCGACGGGAGUGGUAAGGUGGAUUGGGAGAAGGUGGAGGCGAUCCUGUUGGUGCUGAGGACGAAUAUCAAGCUGAAGGAGCUGGAUAGGAUCCCGAUGGUGGGGAAUGUCUGGAAUACGCCGUUUGCGGGAUGUUGGGAGGGGAGUCUGUGUGGGUUGCCGAGGGCGGGGAGUAACGGGAACGGGAACAACAGCAGCAGUUCGACGACGACGACGACAACAACAGAUGGGGACGGGCAGGGACAGCAGGGACAAAAUGGUCCGAUGGGGGUGGGAAGUGGUUAUGCGGGUUGGUUCUUGUGGGGGAAUAAUACGAAUACAACGCAGCAUGAGGAUUGGGCUUCGGAUGUGGCGAAUGAUGGGGCGGUGGAUGAUAUGGAGGGGGAGGAAGAGCAGGAUGGGGAUAAUAGUGAUGGAGAUUUUGCUGCAGAAGAGGAAGAGGAGGAGAAUAGGGAUAUGAAGUUGGAGAUGGAGGAUCCGUAUGGGGUUUCGGGAGUUUGGUUGAGGGUGGUUUGUUUUUUGGACUACACCGACUUCUUCUCGUUCAACUUCCCCGACGAUAACAUGCCGUGCCCCGAGAGCGUGCCGAGGCCGCCCCUGGACGUGGGCGAGGCAACCAAGUUGCUCAUGAUGAAGAUCCACGUCAACAGAAUCGUCUACCCCGAGCCAGGAACGGAGAUCAAGGGGAAGAUAUGGCCCAUUGUACACUGGAGGGGAUACGCUCGGUCAUUUGAUGGGUCUCCUGGAGAGGCGCGCCUCACUUGGGGAUUGAGAGGAGUCGUGCAAAUGACGCCCGAGGGCGAGGUCCGGUGGACGACAUCUUCGCUGUAUGAUGGCGAGGAGAGAUGGCGGAGCGAGGGGAUCCAGAUUGGAGGUGUCAAGUCUGCUCGUGGAGUGGUUGGGAAUUGGUUUGACAAGGAUUAUAACCCCCAUGGACCUUGUGGGCCUACGGCGUUUUGGAAGAUAUCGGAUUUGGAGGCUGCGCGGCCACGGGGCGGUCAUGGAGGCGGUCAGCAGGGGGCAUAGUAGCUUGUUACCUCUCAUGGCACCAAGUAAGCUUUAUGGAAACGGGACCAUAUUGACACACAGAUAGAUACACACACACCUUGCCUUGCAUUUUUUUUUUUUUUCACAUCAUUUGUAACUACCAUCAUAUUUGCCUGCAAAUAUCUACUUACACCAUCUAACAACAACACAAAUCCUACUCUCUUCCCAG